AUGGCCGAACAAUUGAUCCUCAAGGGCACUCUCGAGGGCCACAAUGGCUGGGUCACCAGCUUGGCUACCUCCAUGGAGAACCCCAACAUGCUCCUGUCUGGCUCCCGAGACAAGACUCUGAUCAUCUGGAACCUCACCCGCGAUGAGACCCAAUACGGUUACCCCAAGCGAUCUCUUCACGGCCACUCUCACAUCGUCUCCGACUGUGUCAUCUCCUCCGAUGGCGCCUACGCUCUGUCUGCCUCUUGGGACAAGACCCUGCGUCUGUGGGAGCUCGCCACCGGCACCACCACCCGACGAUUCGUUGGCCACACCAACGACGUCCUCUCCGUCAGCUUCUCUGCCGACAACCGCCAGAUCGUCUCCGGCUCUCGCGACCGAACCAUCAAGCUCUGGAACACUCUCGGUGACUGCAAGUACACCAUCUCCGAGAAGGGCCACACCGAGUGGGUUUCUUGCGUCCGCUUCAGCCCCAACCCCCAGAACCCCGUCAUUGUCUCCAGCGGCUGGGACAAGCUCGUCAAGGUUUGGGAGCUCUCCACCUGCAAGCUCCAGACCGACCACAUCGGCCACACUGGCUACAUCAACACCGUCACCAUCUCUCCCGACGGUUCCCUCUGCGCCUCCGGUGGCAAGGACGGCACCACCAUGCUCUGGGACCUUAACGAGUCCAAGCACCUCUACUCCCUCAACGCCAACGACGAGAUCCACGCUCUCGUCUUCUCCCCCAACCGAUACUGGCUCUGCGCUGCCACUGCCAGCAGCAUCAUCAUCUUCGAUCUUGAGAAGAAGAGCAAGGUUGAUGAGCUCAAGCCCGAGUUCCCCGACACUGGCAAGAAGAGCCGGGAGCCCGAGUGUGUCAGCUUGGCCUGGUCUGCUGAUGGCCAGACUCUGUUCGCUGGUUACACUGACAACAUCAUCCGUGCCUGGGGUGUCAUGUCGAGGGCAUAA